AUGGCCUCUAAGCCGUCCAGCCAUACUACAGCGAGCACUAUCGAGUCAGAAGAGCCAAAGACAGGCCUUGCUGCGAAUCCUCACAACCCAAGUUCGGCUGCCUAUUUGGCCUAUCCUAUCACCCACGUCUUUAAGAGUCUGGCUCGGCGCAUGGGUGAGCCUCCAGAAUAUGAUGUAGGACGAUUACUUGACGCUCCAACGAUACCACAAAACAAGCCGGUUAUGUACACUCCCUCGAGAAGAGCAUCACCCUUUCAACCCCCACCUUUGACUGCUUUGCAGUUGUCGCAUGCCCUAUCCGACUCUCAGGCUGAGAGCUUGCUACUCACUCGUUCGCUGGCAGAGGAAAUUCGACUGCUCAUUCCUCCUCGUCUGCAGCUGGUGGAUUCGUGGCGACUGGCCUACAACCUGCAGUUGCAUGGCUCGUCACUGAGCACUCUGUACCAAUAUUGUGAUAACAUCCUAGGCCCUCUAGGGUCUACUCGAAGAGGAGGUUUUGUUUUGGUCGUCAAAGAUGGCAGUGAUGCAGCUGGUUCUGGAUCGGUCUUUGGUGCUUACCUUACCGAUCCACCCACAGUGCAGCAACACUACUUCGGCACUGGCGAAUGCUUCUUGUGGCGGGCGAGUAUCCUACCGUCUUUUGCAACAAUACAAGCCAAUUCCAACAAAUCAGGGUCCAAGACACCACCUUCAGAAGAUCUCCUAGAACUCGCUGGCCUUCCACCACCACCCAGCGCCGACACAACUAAUGCCCAAAGGACGACCACUGUAAGAAGUGAGAGAAGGCGUUCUUCUGUUGCUCAUAAGCAGCCCUCCUUCGGUCCGAGAAACCCUGCUAGUCAUGAGAGCGGGCCCCAUCCACCAUCACCUGUGGCGUCUGGAUUCUCGACUCCUGAUCGCAUCCGUUUCAAGGCGUUUCCUUACAGCGGUAUCAAUGAUUUCAUGAUCUAUUGUCAACGUGACUACCUUUCCGUUGGUGGCGGUGAUGGGCACUAUGGACUUUGGCUCGAUAACGAUCUACAGAGUGGUAUCAGUGAUUCUUGUCCGACUUUCGGAAACGAGCCACUGAGUGAUGAGGGUAAAAAGUUCGACGUCCUCGGAGUCGAGAUCUGGUAUGUUGGUGGAUCAUGA